AAACCCAUGUGACACUGCACGUAAACCCCAAACAUAGGGUGCACCAUUUCCCUUCUCCUAAGUUAUCAGCGCUAUCCUUUUGGAGACAUCCGAUAGAAUUGGAACGACCUGUACAAUAGCGCGAAUUUAAAACAUGUUCUUCUGAAUUCUGCAGUUGUGGAAUCGGGCAAAUAUGGAGGCGAUUGCAAACGGGAAUGGCGGUACGAGUGCAAAUGUUAAUGAAAAGCAGCCUAAGAGAAUGGGACGGAACUGUGAAAUUUGCGGUCACAAAAGAGCUGCUCUCCGGAGACCCAAAACUGGCCAGCAGGUAUGCAAGGAAUGCUUUUAUCUUACCUUUGAAGAAGAAAUUCACAAGGUUAUAAUAGACAACCACCUUUUCAAGCCAGGAGAACGUGUUGCUAUUGGGGCUUCUGGAGGAAAAGACUCGACUGUUCUAGCUCAUGUCUUAACAGAACUUAAUCGACGACACAAUUAUGGUUUAGAUCUGUUCUUGCUAUCAAUAGAUGAAGGUAUCACUGGUUAUAGGGAUGACUCACUGGAGACUGUGAAAAGGAAUGAAAUCCAGUAUGGCGUGCCAUUGAAGGUUGUCUCAUACAAGUCUCUUUAUGGUUGGACUAUGGAUGAAAUUGUAAAGGAGAUAGGUCUUAAGAACAAUUGUACAUUUUGUGGAGUUUUCCGUCGCCAGGCUUUGGAUAGAGGUGCUACAAUGGUGGAAGCAGACAAAAUUGCAACUGGACACAAUGCUGAUGAUAUAGCAGAGACCGUUUUAUUAAAUAUUCUUCGUGGAGAUAUUGCCAGGCUGGGCAGAUGCACACAGAUAACAACAGGCGAAGAUGGAUCCAUUCCAAGAUGCAAGCCUUUCAAAUAUACAUAUGAGAAAGAGAUUGUUAUGUAUGCAUAUUUCAAGAAGCUGGAUUACUUCUCUACUGAAUGCAUUUAUUCACCAAAUGCGUAUCGAGGUUUUGCUCGUGAUUUCAUUAAAGAUUUAGAACAAAUCAGACCAAGAGCAAUACUUGACAUCAUCAGAUCGGGUGAGAACUUUAGUGUUUCAUCUUCAACAAAACUGCCAGAACAAGGCAUCUGUGAGCGCUGUGGCUAUAUUUCAAGCCAGAAAUGGUGCAAAGCAUGUGUUUUACUGGAUGGGUUGAAUCGAGGUCUUCCAAAACUUGGAAUCAGUCGAACUAGGGGACGCCGUGGCUUAAAACUUGAGAUUGAACCUCCUGUGACUACGGAAGCAGAAAUGCAACAAAAAGAGUUGCCAAAGGGGAAGCCUUGCACUUCCCUUGAUUUUUGAUGCAUAUUAUUCCAAAUUACAGAAAUGCAUUUUAUCACUUAUAUCAGGAAAUUCUGAUAAUAUUUGAAUAAUAUGGCUUUUCAAUCUUUUUUAAAUUGUAUGUACAAUAUUUUUAUACAAUUUUCUUACCAAAUAACAUUAUAAAAUCUACAUAAAUUUAUGGCUGUACGAAUUAAAAAAAUACAAAUUUCAAGACAUUGGUCUAGUGUAGAAAAUCUAGCGAAGUUAGAUUGCACAUAUAAUCACCAAUCACAAAAUUUAGUUGGAAUCAGUUUGGAUCAAGGGUCAAAUGUCAGCGUGCUUGUGGACAAACAUGAAUUUUCUUGAUAUGAUAUGAGGAAAUUCACAUCAUAAUGUGUUCCACCCUUUGGUUAUUGCGAGAAUCAGUUAUUAGGUGUGGAAUAUUGUUACUUGAGAUCGCUCUUGAUUAAUAAGCCUAAUUAAACAUUUUGUUAAAGAGACUUUUUAUUGAACAUGUCCAUUCAUACAUAUCAACAAUCUAUCAUCUUAUUAAUUCAUACACACCUUCCGUAU